GGUUCUUGGGUUGGUUGUGAGAAAAGGGGGGAAGAUGAAAUUUUGUUAGGGCGAACAGCCGGUUCCGGAAGGGCGGUCGUGCAAUAAAACGGUGCGAUGCUUCCAGAAUCUUCCUUCCGUUGUCUUUGAUUCUUCUUUCGGCUCUGCCUUUCCCUCUCCCGAUUAUGUCUGCCCUAGUCUCCAUGGAGCCUCGCAACGUUAUGCUGGAGAAGAAGAAGACGAAGAAGAAGAAAACUAGGGAGGAGAAAGAGGCGGAAGUAAAUAAUGAAGGAGAGGUGAGUGUGGGAACGGAGCUUGCCGGCUUGUUGGAAUCCAAGCCUGUCAAUGAAGGGCUUCUUCGUGCCAUAGCUUCCUUUCUGGAACGGCAUGGGUUCUCAAAGGCGCUCUCGGCACUCCAGUUAGAAGCUCAGGGCUUGAUAGACAAUUCAUUGACAAAUGCUAUCAGAUUGGAGCAUGUGUACUACAAGUAUUUGAAGGACGGUUGUGCCCUUUCUACUGAUGGACAAUUCAGUGGCUUAAAAGAGAAAGAUUCACUUGGUGGCCUUCAGAUAAAUGUGGGCAAAAGCGAAGUUAUUGCAUCUAAGGAAGUGAAUAACAGAAAGAGAAGUAAUGGAAUUGAGAUAGACAUGUUAAAUUUCUGCGACCCUGAAGUUGACCACAGUAACAAAGUUUUACUUGGUGACUCAAGUGUGAUGCGUCCAGCAGCAAAAGAGAAGAAGAGAAAGAAACACAGAAAGAUUUCUGAUGAUUGCAAUGUUGAAGAUACUAAACAAGUUGAGAAUGAGAUGUCUUGCAAGUUUGGUAACUUGGGGGAUGCAUUGGAGAAUGUUAAGUUUGUCUGCACUGGGUUGGAUGGCAAAUCUAAAGAUACGAUUGUGCUACUGACAAUGCCUAAACAUGGAAAGAAAAAGAAAAAAAAGUCUUACACUUGUCAAGAAGAAGAUGCCUCUUUGAAUCAUGGUAAAGCAUCUCAGGAGGGAUUUGCUGAGAAAUUCAAUGACUCUCUUACAUCCAAAGUGGCAAAUGUAAAUGCUUUACAAGAUUCGAGUUAUACAGUUUCAUUGAACGAGACAUGUCUGAGCAAUAAAAAUAAGAAAAAGAAAAGUAAAUCAACUUUUGAUGGUUUAUGUUGUGAAGCUGUUAGUUCUUUGAAUGCCAGUGAAGUUCAUGCUAAUGGAAACAUUGAGGAUAAAGAACUUGAGGGCCACACAGCUGAAACACACAAGAAAGGUUCAAAAGGAUCGGCAGAGCCAAAAACUGUUAAUGCUUUUCGGAGGGUUAACCCAGAUGAAAUAACUUUUGCUGAUGAAAGACUUCAGAACAACUCCUACUGGGCAAAGGGUGGUGCCGAAUCUGGCUAUGGGGCAAGGGCCCAAGAAGUUCUUGGUCAAGUUAGAGGAAAGGACUUCCGUCAUGAAAAGACAAAAAAGAAGCGGGGGAGUUAUAGAGGUGGCUUGAUUGAUCUUCAAUCGCAUUCUAUAAAGUUCAGCUAUUCGGAUGAUGAGUGAAGUACAGUCAAUUUUAAUGUUGGUGAACUUGUUUGAGUCUACUGUCCUCUUUGAUAUUGCAGAGCCACUGAUUUUUUGUUGUUUGCCAAAGUCGCCAUUUCUGUGCUCUCUGGUCUUUUUAGCUUUUGUAAUUUCCGCGUAGUGGUUCUGCAAAAUUUUGGCGUCUACCUUAUUUGUGGGGAUCAACUCAGUUUUUUAAGAUAAUGGGCUAUCUCAUUUUUUUCUGGCCAA